CGGUCAGCUGAUCGCUCCGGCUGGCACGUGACUUGCUUCGUGGGCUCUGGGGUCGAGGAAGCUGUGAGGCCGGAGAUUAGGUCGGGUAGGGAUGGAGCGCUGAGCCGUUAACGUCUGCCAGGCUGUACACCUCUGUACCUGUUACUGCUGCCACUUCCUCGUUUGACACUUCCCUGGGUCUUUGAGAGAAAGUAGAAGAAAAUGCCAUUCAUUGUAUAGUUAGGGACCUAUCUAGACCCUUGGACCUAGAAAUGGACAUCAAGUGAUGUGUUUAAGUCUAGCAUAACUUCCAUCGUCUUCUGAUUGCCGAUUACCUGCACAGUACUUAACCACAAUCACAUCUAGAGAGAAGGGAUUUGCUAAGCCAGAUGUGGCAAAUUUAUUUGGUGGCUACUGUUCAAAUGCAUUGAUUCAAUUCUUUUUCAAAGAGUCUGUCUUGAUUUUGGAAGAAAUAUCUGGUAACCAACAUGACUGAGUUCUGGCUUAUAUCAGCUCCUGGGGAGAAAACAUGUCAGCAAACAUGGGAGAAAUUGCAUGCGGCAACUACGAAGAACAACAAUCUUGCAGCUACUUCAAAGUUCAACAUUCCUGACUUAAAGGUUGGCACACUGGACGUCUUGGUUGGUUUGUCGGAUGAACUGGCUAAACUGGAUGCAUUUGUAGAAGGGGUGGUUAAGAAAGUGGCUCAGUAUAUGGCUGACGUAUUGGAGGAUAGUAAAGAUAAAGUUCAGGAGAAUUUGUUGGCCAAUGGAGUUGACUUGGUUACUUAUAUAACAAGGUUUCAAUGGGACAUGGCUAAAUAUCCAAUCAAGCAGUCCCUGAAAAAUAUUUCUGAAAUAAUUGCCAAGGGAGUGACUCAGAUUGACAAUGACCUGAAAUCUCGAGCAUCCGCAUAUAACAACCUGAAAGGGAAUCUUCAGAAUUUGGAACGAAAGAAUGCAGGAAGUUUGCUAACUAGAAGUCUAGCAGAAAUUGUGAAGAAGGAUGACUUUGUUCUUGACUCAGAGUAUCUCGUCACAUUACUGGUCGUGGUUCCCAAGUUAAACCACAAUGACUGGAUUAAGCAGUACGAAACAUUAGCUGAAAUGGUAGUUCCAAGGUCUAGCAAUGUUCUCUCAGAGGACCAAGACAGUUACCUGUGUAAUGUCACCUUGUUUAGGAAGGCAGUUGAUGACUUCAGACACAAAGCCAGGGAAAACAAAUUCAUCGUUCGUGACUUCCAGUAUAAUGAAGAGGAGAUGAAAGCAGACAAAGAAGAAAUGAACAGGCUUUCUACCGACAAGAAAAAGCAAUUUGGACCACUUGUACGGUGGCUGAAAGUGAAUUUCAGUGAGGCGUUUAUUGCGUGGAUUCAUGUAAAAGCGUUGAGGGUUUUUGUUGAGUCUGUUUUGAGGUAUGGCUUGCCAGUGAACUUCCAAGCAAUGCUCCUUCAGCCCAAUAAGAAAACAAUGAAGAAACUAAGAGAAGUAUUAUAUGAAUUGUAUAAACAUCUAGAUAGCAGUGCAGCAGCUAUUAUUGAUGCUCCUAUGGAUAUUCCAGGCUUAAACCUGAGUCAACAGGAAUAUUACCCCUAUGUGUACUACAAGAUCGAUUGCAACUUGCUGGAAUUCAAGUAAAAUGAGCCCCCCAGAUAGCCCUGCCCUCAUGUCGGUGUCGGUGUUUGCUAACAGAUGUAGGUUGUAGUAUGGCUGUACUUUUAACUCUCUCUUACCCCUUGCUUGCUUCUCACCCCCUUUCCUAUUCGCGUUCUCUCGUAGUGGUCCAUUUGUCAACAUUUUGUUUUUAAAAGGAAACUAUAUGUCUUGUUUCUUUUUAUUGAUCAGGUCUGUAAAUGUGUACUAAAAAAAAAAAUCAGAGUUUAUUUAUAAACAGAAUAGUUUAUUUAAAAAGAAGGUCUUACUUCAUCGGUAUUGUGGUAUGCAUUAAUUCCAUUUGUUGCUGUUGUGACAGAAGCCUUGUGUACAAGGGAAUGGUGUAAACAGUUAUACCAUUUUGUUCACUGUAUUUAGUAAACAUAAUUGUUUAAUAGUUAUUGAAUCGUGAUGUAAAGAAAUGUGACAAUAUUCAGGUAUGUGCUUUCUGAAUGUUUCAAAUUACAAUCUGUGAGCACUUGACACCCACAGGAGAGAAUAAAAUUACCUGUGCAAAGGUGGAUUGUGGUGUGUGUAACUUCCAAAGAUUACGGUUCAAGUUUGAAGAUUAUUUUUGAACACAUGGUGGGUAUUUAUAUUUGGACGCUAGACUUUCAGGUCUCUCAAUUAGGAGGUAGGGCCAAUUUUUGAAUAAAGUGUAGUAGAACUCUGCAGUUUUAGUCAUUUGUUUUGUCUAAGUAUUUUACAUGUUUCCUUUUUAAGAUUGUUAAUUUUGCCUUCAUCUUGACAUUGAUGUCAUUUCUGAUGUAGUCUGAAAAGAGGCAUUGCUAACCUUACAAACCUCUGAAAUGAGACUUAGGUUAGCAUCCCAAGUGAGCUUUUAGAAGAGGAUUUUGUGGCAGUGCUCCCCUUCCUGUGUCCUCCCAGUCUUGUAAAUGGGAGAAAGAAAUUUAGGUUUUAAGGGCAUUUCUAAACUACCGUAUUCCAUCUAGAAAAUUAGCCUCUCAAAUCCGUUUUAUUUCAAAAUUGUAUACUGUUAUGUCAAAAGUAAUUGUUAACUUCAAACAAAUCCAGACUUCUAUGAAGUAAAACAUGAGAGACGAGCCCUCUUAGCCCCUAAGUUUUUUCUUCGCAAGGAAGUUACAGAGUUUUUCAGGCCUUCUCCUGUAUCUCUACAACAUAUAUAUCCACACAGUUUAUUUUUAAAUAAAAAUAGGAUCAUAUCACACAUAUUCUGUCACUUGCUUUUUUUGCUUACUAGUAUAGCCAGGGUAUCUUGUCAGUGUGUCUAGAGCUACCUCAUUCUUUUAACUGGCUACAGUGGUUUUCUAUCAUGUAUUUGUGUCACAGUGUAGCUAACUGGAUGGAUAUUCACCUUGUUUUUGGUUUUGCUCUUACAACCGCUGAUGCGGUAAACAUCCUUGUCUUUGUUUAUUCGUAGUAGUAUUUCUGUAAGAAAGAGCCUGGAAGUAGGGUUGGUAGGUCAUAGGGUAUAUAUAUUUAAAGUUUUGACAUAACUGCCAAGUUAUUGUCAGAAUUCUCAGUUCAAGACAUGAUUGGAAUGCAGUUUUAUUUUCAGUUUUUCUUUGGAUAAGAGGAAGCUGAAAAGUUUUGGUUUUCAUGUCAGCAAAUUCUGGUUUUGUCUUCUUUUGCAAGUGUUCUUUGAGUCUUAGUGUUUGUAAAACGGGUAUAAUCUCUGUCAUGGGGGGAUGUGUUUUGAUGAUUAAAAGAUUGUUAGGCCCACACGAUGACUGGAAGGUUUUCCUUAGUCUUUAGUAUUAUUGUGAUAGGAGUAGGUGGGGAUUGUGUCAGGUUUAAAAUUCCAGCAUAUGUUUGGAACUAUGGGACUUUGAUUAUCAUUUCUCUCUGGGAUACAGAGCAGCUGCGUGAGUAGCUCUGCAGCCAGACCCCAGCUCUGCUACCAGUUAGCCCUGUGGUCUCAGCGCUCGCGCCCUCCUUGGUAGAAUGGGGUAGGUAGAGUGCCCACCUCAUAGUCUGUCGGGUUGAGUAUCCAACGGCCCAUCCAGUGCUUGGAGUGGUGCACGAGGAGAGCUUGAUUCACGGGCGGACGGUCCUAGAAGAGGGCCAGUAGCUCCUUUUCCACUUGUGUUUAACCUGGGAAUUUCAAGGCGUGAGUCAUUGUGGAGUCUGAAGGUUAGAAAGAAGUAGUGAUGUGUGUGUGUGUGCGCGCGUGUGUGUGUGCGUGUGUGUGUGUGGUGGGGUAAGGAAUACAGUCUGUGUCUGUAGCGCAGCGUUAAAGCAGUUUGAGAGUCUCCGAGCUGCAGUCUGUGUUGAUGGCAGCUGUCAUUUCUGGGAGGGCCUGCUCCUGUUGCUUGCCUUGCUUUGUUUGCUCUGGAGUCUGCUGAUUCUCCUCUAGGAUGGAGCUCAGGUAACUCUGAGAGUCAUUAAACAUUUAUCGAGUGUCUGACAGAGACCAUUCUGCUGGUGCUCUCACACCCAUUACCUCCUCCCUCCCCCAUGGUGUUGGUGCUGGGAGGACCAGCAGUCCCCGUGGCACUAGGCGAGGCUUAGGGUCAAAGAAGUUUAAGUGAUUUCUUCAUUAAAACUUGAGUUGGAGUCAGAAUUUGAACCUAAGAUUUCCGAUUGCUGGGCUCUUUCCUUCCUGUCGUCCCUCCCAUCUUUACUAGGCGCUGAACAAGUGAGGCAAACAUAUUCCUUAACCUUAGUCCAAGACAGACAGUGAUGUAGAAAAGGCAUGGGGUGUGGGUCAUCAGAUACCGAAUUGUGUCACUGUUUGUCCCAGAACAUUUUGUUAGUGAGCGGUGAUGAUGUGUCCAGGUAUUCCGUGCUAGUUUCUGUAGACUAUGUUAUUCAACCUAGAAGAUUUUCCUACAUGCUGGAGUUGCUCUUAAACAGGCAUCGUGUGUUCUGGGUAGAGCACACUCCAUGCAGCUUUUUGAAUGAGCACAUAUCAAGUAGUACCUUUAAAGUAAUACUUUGUAUGUAACGAACACUCGGCAGACGUGAACUUUUCCUUGCUCUCACUUUAAAAUUAAAUAGUCCCAAGUGUUGGAAAUAAAAGAAAUUGAUCUAGAUAUGAGCUUAUUCUCCUUCAUUCUUGGCUGCCUCUUUAAAAAAAAAAAAAGACGAAAUUAAGGUAACAUGCACAAGGUUAAAAACCAUAUACACAAAUAUUAUGAAACAGCUUAUAAUGAAAACCUUGCUGACCUUUAGAAAAAAAUGUGGUUAUUGUUUCCUGUUAACAUCAGUAAGAGAUGGUUUGUCCUAGAAAGUCUGUAAUAGUAUUAUGUUCUAGAGGAAACGUGUUGAAAACUUUCCUAAUUUAGUUCUUGUCUCUAAAUUGAAGUUUACCCAUUUCUGUAAUAUAAACUUAUUUAUGGUUUUUAUUUUUCUAGCAUAAAUAGCUUUAGAUUAAUAUAUGAAUGUAAUUCUAGCUUUUUUUAAAAGUAAUAAUGACACAUCAGAACUAUUUUAUUUACUGGUGGAUUAUCCUUAGAAUAUUCUUAGAUCCGAGCCCAAUGACUUGUGAGAGAAAGAGAAAACAGAAUAAAACCAUGGAAGUGAUUAGCAGUAGAGAAUACCCCCUGGGAUUGUUUAGCUAGAGAAGAAAAUGAAACUGAGGAGAAACAGGACAACACGCUUCAUACCAAGAAUGAUCAAAAUACUGGGAGAUGAAAAAAGUUUACAAGUCCUGUUUGUGUUUGCUUGAAGCAAAAGGCAGUCAGCAAACACAAACAGUACAUUUCCUGACAGUUGCUCAGUAUUGAAAUUGAUUAUAUCCACAGUAGUUCUUUACUUGCAGAAUUUAAGAAAAAUGCAAAUUCAUUGCUAAACUGUAUAGAGCUGUGGUUUACAUUCUUGAGUACAUCUGAGGAAUACUGUAUAAGAACAAACACCCAGGAGGCUCAGAUGCUAGUGUCAGCCAAUUGCAAUCUGAGACUGCCUUUUAAAGAUCCUUCUUCCUGCCUCCCGCCCCCAUAUGGGGUUGCUGACUUAGAAUUUGUGAGCAUCUUGAUGUCUUAUUCAGAUAGUGAUUCUUCUCUAUUUCACACGGACCACACUUAAUAGGAUCAUCAUGGAUAAGUCAAUUUUUCCUACCCUGUCACCGAAAGAAGCAUCCUACAUCAUUGAUCAGUAGAACCAGAAAGUUCUGCCUUGGCUGGAACUGACCAAUGUAGGUGUCCUUUAUCCCUGCAAGGCCAUAGAAUAUCAAGUUGAAAUUUGCAAAAGCCAUCUAAAAUGAUCAAAGUCACAUUUUUAUCUUUUAAUUGAAAACCCACCUUGGGUGUGAUUUAUCACUGCCUAUAAAGUAUAAAAGCACAACCAUAACAGAGUUUUUUUUUUU